AUGUGGCCGGCGCUGCCUGUGAGUUUGAUCGCCACCACCCUGGCCCUGGCUCCCGUCCGCUUCGACAGGGAGAAGGUGUUCCGCGUGAGGCCCCAAGAUGACAAACAAGCAAACAUCGUGAAGGACUUGGCCAAGAGCAAUGAGCUUGACUUCUGGUACCCAGAUGCCACCCACCAUGUCGCCACCAACAUGACAGUGGAUUUCCGAGCUAGUGAGAAGGAAUCGCAGUCCAUCCAGUCUGCCUUGGAACAAAGUAACGUGCACUUCGAAAUCCUGAUACAUGACCUACAGGAAGAGGUAGAGAAACAGUUUGAUGUUGAGGACGAUGCCCCGGGCAGGCACAGUUAUGCAAAGUACAAUGACUGGGGCAAGAUUGUAGCUUGGACUGAGAAAAUGGUGAAAAAAUGUCCUGAAAUGGUGUCUCGGAUUCAAAUUGGAUCUACAGUUGAAAAUAACCCAUUGUAUAUUCUCAAGGUGGGGAAGCGCGCGGGGAGGCAGAAGGCCAUCUUCAUGGACUGCGGCAUCCACGCCCGGGAGUGGGUGUCCCCAGCCUUCUGCCAGUGGUUCGUCUAUCAGGCAACAAAAAGUUAUGGAAAAAAUAAAAUUAUGACCAAGCUCUUGGACCAAAUGAAUUUUUACAUCCUACCCGUGUUCAACGUAGAUGGAUACAUUUGGUCAUGGACGCAGAACCGCAUGUGGAGAAAGAAUCGGUCCAGGAACCGAAAUUCCACCUGCAUUGGCACUGACCUCAACAGAAACUUCGAUGUCUCCUGGAGCUCUUCCCCCAACACCAACAACCCGUGCCUGGAGACGUACCGCGGCCCUGCCCCAGAGUCCGAGAAGGAGACCAGAGCAGUCACGGCCUUCAUUCGAAGCCACCUGAAGUCCAUCAGGGCUUACAUCACCUUCCACUCGUACUCCCAGAUGCUGCUGUACCCCUAUGGCUACACGCCCAGGCUGCCCCCCAACCACGAGGACCUGGCCAAGGUUGGAAGGAUUGCCACUGAAGCUCUGUCAACUAGAUAUGAAACACGCUAUGUUUAUGGCCCAAUAGCAUCAACAAUAUACCCAACGUCAGGCUCUUCCUUGGACUGGGCUUAUGACCUGGGCAUCAAACACACCUUCGCCUUCGAGCUCCGUGAUAAAGGCAAGUUCGGUUUUCUUCUUCCGGAAUCCCGUAUCAAGCCAACCUGCAGAGAGACCAUGCUGGCUGUCAAGUUCAUUGCCAAGUAUAUCCUUAAGCAUACUUAACACACUGCCCUCGGUUUGGUGAACCAUCUGUGUGUGUGCCUGUCACCAGACAGUCGCUCUUCCACCACCCCUGGGUGAUGCCUUCACCCCCACCCUGAACACGCCCUUCUGUGGCUGUCUGUGCGGACUUCUCGCCCCUCCCCCUCCCCUGCAGCACCUUCACCCAGUAGCUGUAAGUGACACCUUUUACGGCUUUGCUCCUCUAUAAGUGAAAUGUGAACCUAGCAGAAAGCAUUACUUUGAAAAAUGAUAGGCAGUGGGGCAUAAGAAAUAUGAACAUCUUCAGUUUCUCCAGAAUCUGACUAACUUCAUCAUUUCAUGUGCAUAUAUAAGAAAUAAAUAAAAUG